UUUCAUUUUCGUUCUUGCAGUGUGUGUAGUCGCAUCUGAAGACCCAGGUCCAAGUGAAACGUUUUCAACGUUAGCAAAAGUGUGUGUGUAUUUGUGUGUAUGGUGUUUUGUGUGUGAUUUCUCUCCAACCAAAAUUAUUAUUAUUUACAGUGGUGAAGUUUUGAUUUAGACAACUUUAAAGUGAGACGCCAGUGGAUAUGAACGUCAGACGAGUGGUGAUGACUCUGAAUGGCGGAUGGUAGUUCGUGAAAGCGGUGGAUCCGUUUUCACGACGACGACGACUUUCGGCUGCUGCUGCUAUGAUGAUGAAACGACGUUUCCAGGUGAAGAUGGGCGCCCAGCAAUACCAUCCAACCGCCGGCCAUCCACGGGACAUCCAGACACGAUCCGACCGAGAGCUCGUUUUCCUUUUGCAAAAGGAUCCGACUCAGCGUACCGUACAUGAAAUCAACCGGAUAUGGAUGGCAUUACGCCCUAUGGGAGCCUUUGGUUUGUUACGUGAUUCCGCUCUGCGGUCUCUGUGCCGCGUCAUCCGCUACGAGCGUCACGACGCCAACGACAUCCUCUACUGUCGAGGAGAAUUGUGUUCCUGUUGGUACGUCCUGCUGUGCGGCUCGGUCUUCAUCGAUGGAUCCAUGUACUUGCCCGGAGCCAGUUUUGGUAAGCGGAGUGGCGUCAGCAUCCGCCGGCCGAACGAAUGCCUCAUCCUGGAGCCGUCGGAAAUGCUCGUCGUGGAUUAUUCUGACGUUCCUCAGCGGACGCAGCGAUCAGCUUCAACCAGUUCGGCAACGGCUUCCUACACCUCGGCUCACCUACACCACCUCGACCGCAGCAACAAUAGAAUGGACAAUGAUCAGUAUCGGAGUGGAGACAUGCAACAUCACCCUCUGAUGAACCACCACCAUCAUCGAGAUCCGGCGACGGUUCACGUCGUUGGCGGAGGAAUGGGCACGCAAUCUCACCGGAGUUCGAGAGGAUCGGACACGAGUUCGGCGUAUUCCGGUUCGGAUACCAUGCACUCUUCUGUACCCAGUUCCGAUCAGGAUGCGGAGGGCGUUGGCGUCGACGGUGUUGAUCACGACGGCGACGAGGUUGACCUUACCGGCUUGAUGGAAUCGAUCGUCGACAGCGACGAGGAAGAAGACCUAGCCGAGAGCAUCGACAGCCUAACUGUGCGGGACACGGUUCGAGAGUGUCUAGAAAAAGAUCCAUCCGAUCGGACGGAUGACGAUAUCGAAAUCCUGCUCGAAUUCACGCAACACCUCAGGGCAUUCGCCAAUAUGACUCUGUCGGUGAGACGGGCGCUCUGCCGGGUGAUGGUGUUCGCCGUCGUCGAAAAGGCCGGCACAGUUGUCAUGAACGACGGCGAAGAACUUGAUUCAUGGUCCGUUAUUAUUAACGGCCAUGUCGAAAUUGAUGGCGGAGCCUCCGGCGAACCUGGUCGAGCCUUACACCUUGGCGACAGUUUCGGGAUAACGCCGACCAUGGACAAAUUGUAUCACCGGGGCGUAAUGCGGACCAAAUGCGAUGACUGUCAAUUUGUUUGCAUCACGCAAACCGAUUACUUUAGCAUCUUGCACAAAGGAGAGGAGAAUACGCGCCGGCACGAAGAGAAUGGACGCGUUGUCUUGGUGACGGAACAGCGGGCCCAAAUUGGCGCAGCAUCCUCCUCGCAGCGCUCUCACAUCGUCAUCAAGGGAACGGUGGAACGGUUAAUGUCCCACUUGUUGGAAGACUCGUCUGGCGAUCCCAGUUACGUCGAAGAUUUCCUUUUGACUCAUCGGAUCUUUAUCGAAAGUCCCUUGAUUGUCUGCAGCCAGCUGCUCGAAUGUUUUAACGAUCCGACCGUACGAGAUAAAGUGACGCGAGUCGUUCUCCUAUGGGUCAACAACCAUUUUACCGACUUUGAAACGGAUCCCUGCAUGAUGGAGUUCCUCGAAACCUUCGAGUGUCUACUGGAACAAUCCAAGAUGCAAAGCCACUUGAGGAUGCUAGAUUUCGCCAGCGCGGCCAAAGCUCGAUCCAGGACGGUGACGUUGACCCGGCCCAGUCGCGAUGAAAUUCUCCAUUUCAGCAUCUUGGGCGGAUUCGAGCGCGGAUUCGGCAUCUUCGUUUCCAAAGUGGAAAAGGGUUCCAAAGCGGAAGAAGUUGGACUCAAACGAGGUGAUCAGAUCCUCGAAGUGAACGGUCAGAGCUUCGAACACGUCAGCCACGUACGCGCACUGGAAAUUCUCCGGGCUUCCACUCAUCUUUCCAUCACCGUUCGAUCCAAUCUCCACGCGUUUAAAGAAAUGUUAAACACCCCUGAUAAUUCUCCGCGGCCUCGGGGCAAGAAACUCGAGUCGAAAUCGUCUUCCAACAACAAAAUGCUUGGCGGGUCGUCUUCCGACGUUCAUUCCGACAGCGGCUCUGCGGGCCACACGUGCCCGUCGCCUUGUAAAGACAAGACGGCCCUAAUUGGCUCCAAGAGCCAAGGAGGCAGCGGUGGUUUUAUGACACUUGGCCACAAAACCAAAUUGAAGCAAAUUUGGGGCAAGGUCAAUCAGAUGGCCAGAGGCAAACCGGGGGAAGUGGUCGGCGAUGAAGUCAUGUACGGCUCGACAACUGGCUCGGCGGAUUCGAGUGCCGCACAAUCUGGCGCCGUCGGUUCAGCCCUGACUGGCAGCAGCGUCAACCAAAUGUACAUGAGUCACAGCAAUCCGGAUUUGACCAGCAUUUGCUACGAUGAUCCACGGGCCGAUUACCCCGAACACGCCCUCAAGGUUUUCAAAGCCGAUCAGUCGUCAAAGUACCUGCUUAUCCACAAGGAAACAACUGCCAGGGAAGUGGUGAUGCUUUCCCUCCAAGAAUUCCAGAUCACGGAUCCGUCGUCCAACUACAGCCUUUGCGAGGUGACGGUGACGGACAGUGGCAUCAUCAAGCAGCGGCGGUUGCCCGACCAGCUCCAGAAUUUGGCCGAGCGGAUCGGCGUGGCCAGUCGCUAUUACCUCAAGAACAAUCACAGCACCGAAACUCUGGUGCCGGACGAAUUGGCCGGCGAGCUGAUGCUGCAAUCUCAAGUCCAAUUCCUCCACCUGAACGCGGUUGAAGUGGCCGUCCAGCUCACGUUACAAGAUUUCGCUAUUUUCACUCAAAUCGAAAGCACAGAGUACGUCGACGACCUCUUCCAGCUGCGCAGCAAAUACGGAACGCCUCAUCUCUCCCAAUUCAGCGAGUUGGUUAAUCGGGAAAUGUUUUGGGUUGUGACGGAAAUUUGUGCGGAACACAAUCUGAUGCGACGGAUGCGCGCUAUCAAACAGUUCAUCAAAGUGGCUCGCCAAUGCAAAGAGUGCAAGAAUUUCAAUUCCAUGUUCAACAUCAUCUCCGGUCUCGGUCACGGAGCCGUUUCCCGGCUGAAACAGACGUGGGAGAAACUACCGGGAAAAUAUCAACGUCUUUUCCGAGACAUGCAGGAUCUGAUGGACCCGUCUCGUAACAUGUCCAAAUACCGAAAUCUCAUCAACAGCGAGCACGUUCAGCCACCCAUGAUUCCAUUUUUCCCCGUUGUCAAGAAGGAUUUGACGUUCAUUCAUCUCGGCAAUGACACUCGGGUGGACGGGCUGAUCAAUUUCGAGAAACUGCGCAUGAUCGCCAAAGAGGUGCGCUCCUUGUCGCACAUGUGCUCGGCGCCCUACGAUCUGUUCACGAUGCUGCAAUUGGGCGGCCAACCUCCUUCUGCCGCCAUGAUGGCCAUGAAUCAGUUAACGACCGGAUCGGGAAUGGCCGGCGGGGCUGUUCAUCACGACCGCCACCACCUCUCCUCGGCCACGGUCAAGAGACGCAAGAAGUCGGCCGCCAUGCCAAACUCGAAGAAAAUGUUCGAGGAAGCGCAGAUGGUCCGGCGUGUCAAGGCUUACCUUAGCAACAUGAAGGUGCUAACGGACGAGGAACAACUGCGACACAUGUCGGUGGAAGUCGAACCACCAGCCGGAGGCAAUCCAUUGGCGGCCACGUCAUCCAAUUCGGGCAGUUCUGGCGGCUCUGGAGGGGGCGGAGGAUCCGAAAGCCGGGCGACCGGGGCAUUGGUCCUCAGCGCAGUCAAUCACCACGUCCGUAAACGUCACCCGAGUCCGACGCUCUCGACCACCAGCACGGCCAGUUCGACCAGCGCCACCAGCGAGAGUCGCCGAGGCCAACAAGGACCCAAAUUUGGAGCUGCCAGUCCACAAUCUGUGCGCAAAAUGUUGGCUCUGAGUGAGCCCAGCAAAACGAGACCGUACCAGGCGCCCAAUCGACCCAUGGGCUCCUGCAGCGUCUCGAUGGCUCUACCUCUUCCAGGAUCGGGAUUACUUCAACAACAUUCCCCUUCUCCAUCGCCUGGAUUGAACCGGCGUGUGCCCGGAGUGCCACCCCAACCGCCUCCCGUCAGGACGACGCCACACGAACGUUCACACGAGCGUUCCCACUCGGACGCCGCUCUGCCCGUCGACUUGAACGCCGAGAGCAGCAGCGUGACGAGUCUGGCCAAUUUGGCGGCCAUGCGCAAGUCGCACAUGUCCGGCUCUGCCACGUCGAGUGACAGCGGUGGCGGAGGAAGCGGCACCAGCGGCGGCGGAAGCGGAUCUUUGCAUCAACCGCUGGGACUGGGAUUGACGCUAGGCAUCGGUCUGGGUAUCGGCCUCGGCGCCGACGGCAUCGACGCCAGUUACUGCACCCAGUUCAACUCGCAUUCCAGCAACAACUCGACGGAAGUCGUCUCCGGAGGCGGCCACACCCACUUGCUUCAUCAUCCCCACGCUGGAACGACGGAAUCACCUCCUGUAGCACCUCGAACAAGGGUACCUUUAUACCCGCAUGGAACCCAAGCCGAGGUUGUGGUUUCUAACGAUCCUACGGUAGUGGCACAAGAUCUAACAAUCAACAAGCCGGCCAGGGCCAGUUACAUGAAAAACGCAAUUCGGGUCUUGCCCGCUCUACCUCUCCAACCGGUAGUUUUAAAGAGGAGAGGGACCAUUAUCCCCCGAGAACUUCCGCCAAGAGCCCGGCGACCUCCCGACUACAAUGUAGCGGCCCAGAUGGCCCGUAUGGCUCGGCUGAGUCGGGCGCAUUCCCACGAAGGAGUCACGGCGGGCUACUACAGUUCCGAUCCUGAAGAAGAAGACGACGAUGACGAAGCUCAAGUGUCAGCUGUUUAGCGGAGACGUUGCAGCACCUGACGGUAAACAGCUUGAGGCCAAAGACUAGCAGCAGCAUGAAAAAAAAGAAGUUAAAUUUCCCCCGAUAAAAUAUUCCUUUUUUUUUAACAAAGACAGAGAUAUCAGUGUACGUAUAGCCCGCUUUAAUUAUAUAUAAACUUCCCCCUGACCUAUAUCGAUACCACUAUUAUAUACAUUCUGAACACAAAUAUCCCACAGCCUUUUUUUGUAUAGGUGUACAGUGUCGUUUGUAGCUCCCUUCCCGCUCCCACCUCUCUCCUGUACCUGUAAAUAAGAUCAAUCAACAACAAUUUUACAGCAACAAACAAAAAACAACUUUUUUGUGUAGCUUUUUAACCACCAACUCCCUUGUGUGUGCAUAUUAUAAUAAUAGUAAAUCUCUCAUACUCAGUGUAGUGAUUUUUUUACAAAAAAAAGAGGAAAUGAAAGAAUAUCCAGCCCGCCAUCUCCCUCACUCUAUACAUCCAUCAGCUUUUGUGUGGGCCCUUUUUGGUGGCCCUUUUUCAUGUUGGUUUCCUUUUUAUUCAUGAAAUUCCUACACAGCAUAUCCACACACACACACACAAUCAAUACGUUUUCCAGUAUACAUAAUAUCACCGUUCCUGACUGUGCAUUCAGUGUUAUGCAUUGCGCAAUUAUUAUACCCGAUUCCACCGUCUUUUUCUUGUGGAGAAUAAGAGAGAUUCCUUUAGUGGUUACACGCAUUUUAUAAUUGUAUACUCCUCCCUUAAAUACAAAUUGUUUCUCGCCAA